AAAAUGCUACUCAAGCUGUUUAGUCUGUCACACGAGCCGCGGACGUCAACACUUCAUUAACUUUUCGCUGGGAAGUUUGGACGAUCACUAACGCAGCCUCUAUCCCGAUCGAGCGCAAGAAUGGGGCGCCGUGUGAGCAUGGUACUGGCACUGGCACUCUUGUGGACAGCUACCGAAGCCUGCGACUCUGGAUAUAUCAGAUGUGCCUCCGGGGACAGAUGCGUUAAACUUGCAUACCUCUGUGACGGUGACAACGACUGCGGCGACAUGUCUGAUGAGCAUAUCUGUUCGGUGACCCGGUCAGACAAACAACUCAGGCACUUUGAUGCAACAGCAGGGCAAAUAAACACGCCAGAGAUGAUAACAUUCUACGAAACCACACUUCCUCCGACCACUACUCUGCCUCCUCCCCCCCCACCCAACAACGUGGAGGAGAGCGAGGCGCUGGGUCAGAAGUUCGCUCGGACCUUCAACGACACACUCCACCACCCAAGAUGCCCCAAGCUCUACACCAGCGUCGGGAACAAGUGCCUCUCUCUCCUCUACUUCGUCAAGGUCGGCUGGGGGGAGGCGAGGGCCCUGUGCUCGGCCGUCGGAGGGGAGCUGGUUCGCUACCCUUCUGCCUCCGACGGGGAGUUCGCCGCUCUCCUGAAGUACCUGCGGGGGAUACAGAUGACGACGGACUUCUGGGUGGGAGGCCGGUACACGAAGGACACCGAGGCGUGGACGUGGCUGGACGACGCCCCGAUGGACCUCGGCUCGCCCUACUGGGCCGUCAGACACACCGACAGUUGCAGCAGCCGCCAACAGGAGUCGGCGCCAGACGGCAAGCCUGAGGACGUCGCCUACUGGACCAACACUUCGGCCUGCUACCACUACGAGCAGGCGCCCCGGCGCGACUCCCACGAGCUCUGCGCCGCCGUCACCUUCCGCCACUACUUCUACAUGAGCGACGAGGACUGCCUCAGCGUCAGGAGCCCUCUGUGUGAACAUGUUCCCAGCACCGCCCAUGACCUCACGCUCGCUGGCGAUCCGUGAUCGUUGUACUACUUCAAGAACCCUUUUUGACUUCGAAUAUUUUUAUCAUGAAUCAGUUAUGCUUUUAACAUGUAUAUAGGCAUUUAUAGUAUAGACUUAAUACAAGAUAACUUUUGAAGAUUAACAAUUAUGUUCAUUUGCUUUAUAUACUAAAACAAUUGAGCCUUUGUCGAGUCUACCGUCAUUUUAGGCAAGAUACUACAUUACUAUGAUGGCUCAGUGUCCAUCACUGUCAAUGUUCAUAUGCGCGAAUACAGAUUAACAGCACGCACUCGUGUAAUUUGAAGUACAUGGUGCAUGUCAAAAAUACGUUGAAUACUGUAAACAGUGCACAUUAAAUCUAUUAUUGUGUGAUAGGCCCUUCGCAGUAUUAAGUAUUCUGAGGCGUCGAGCUUUUCAGCGCUUCCGUGCCACGGUAAAUUAACUGCCAUGAACGUUGAGACAGAAUGUCAGUCAUUAAUCUCAAGUACCUAAAAAGGCUACUGAGAUGGGUAUCAUAUAUGAGCGUUUAAAUAUAUAUACAUCAUCUGUAUGAGUAAGUUAAUAAAAAGGUGACUGUA